CUGCCGGUCACUGGCGUUUGUCAAAAGGGAUCUCUCCAAGUUUCAUGUUGCACAAGCGCCGGCGUUGAGAAAAAUCCGCAUGAAAGCACAGAUAGCCAGGAAUUCGCAGCGACAACAUGGUAAAAUCAGAGUUUUGAAUCUGUUGACAACACCUUGUCGUCAUGGCCUCCGACAACAUCAUUAGACUAGCGAAGUCGUGUCAAAAGAUAUUCACUGACACGCUCACCCAGGUUUCGGAGCCCACCCACCUCGAGGGCUGGCUCGAAGCGCAAGCCUCACGUCUUCGGAUUUGGACUAACACUCUGGGGGUCUUUGCGGAGAGCGAAUUGUCCAUCGCUCACAGAUUGUCCAACAAUACUUCCGAUGCCAACACGAUUGCCCAGUUCCUCGAUGCUCUCGAGUAUAACCUCGAGUUGCUACAAAGCACGGUUUUGGGGACAGAGCUACCGGCGGCCGCGGCGCAAGAGAGCGACGGAGAGUUUAGUGACGUUAGUGCAGAGUCAAUACCGAGCGAUGACGAUCGUAUGAUUACUCGUCAGAAGGAUCGUAUCGAAGGCGGUCUGCGCCGCCUGACGUUUGUCGCAAAUAAGAUACGCCUCCAAGAAAUAGAGCAAGAUUUGAAAAAGGUAGCGGAAUUUCAACCCCUUGGGACGGAUGGAGCACCGCUUGAAAACAAAUUUCAGAGGUUCAUUGCCGCCACACUCCAUUGGGCAUUUGGACCUGCUCAGAAUUUUGGGAAGACUGGGCUGCCGGCGUCCGCGCAGUCACGUGAACCCAACGACCCAGACCGCGAGAUUGAGCACUAUCGUAUUCCUGAGUAUCUACGAGAGCGGGUUGGGAGGACAAUGCUGGAUAGAUGGCGGCGUAUUUCGUAUCAGCGUCACCAUUCUAAUGGCUUAGCCAGGGCUAUGAAUUCCUCAGCGACUGGCAAUACUCCAUCUUUAGUCGACCCACAAAUACAUCCCAACGACGACAGAAUGAUGAGUAAUGAUUCAUAUGGAAAGAACCCAAAGAUCUCAAUUCGAGAUCCUGAAACGAGCGCUCCUGAGCUCAUUGCAGAUGACGUUCUGCCGAAGGAAUCUGGAAAUUCGCAGAAAGCCGUCUUAAAUUCAGUACGAGAUGGGACUCUGUGCUAUCCAGUGUUGCCUAGGGUAAAUCCUGGCACGGAGUCCUUCUCGUGCACGAUUUGCGGAUCACUCAAACCUGCCAGACUUCUUCAGCGCCUUGAAUGGCAUGCGCAUGUGAUGCAAGAUAUGUCACCGUAUUUUUGCAUCCACGUAGAUUGCCCAGAGCCACAAGUAACCUAUCAAACCAUCGAGGCGUGGCUGAGACAUUGCAGAAGAGCCCAUGCACGGUAUUGCUGGACGUGUAACGCGUGCCCACAAGAAGUGCCGAAUCAAUUCGAGGACCCAGACGAGUUCUCACGGCAUUUCAAAGAGCAACAUGCUGAUCACAACGCAUUCAAAUCACAGCAUGCUGAUCUCGAGAGGGUCACAGAGGCGCUGAUUGAAUUUACUCGUCAGCUCAUCUUGGAAAAGAUCCCUCGCUGUCUCUUCUGCGGCUUCGAACCAGAGAAUGACCAGGGGGGGUCAAAUGAAGCCGUGAUGAACCACAUGGCAAAGCAGCACAUGCAUGGUUUGGCGCUUGCCUCAAUGCCUUGGGACAUUCCGAGAGCUGAGGAAGUUAGUAAAGAAUAGAUGACAGGCCAGAUUUAAGCCGACGUUGUCGUUGCGAGAAAUGUGAUCAUGAAAGGCAAAGAUCUUGCACUUGAAUACGCCCCUCCCGAUCAAAGAGGAGGGUUAGACUUG